AUGUUUCACUCAUCAAGUAGAAUAGUUGUUUCAAUACUCACUUUGAAUUCACUUUUAUAAAUAUAUGAAACUCAACCCAUAGAAUUUAAUGAUUCUAAUUUAAUGAUGUAGCAUCCUUAAUUAACUUCUAUAAUUCCCACAAAUCAAGUAUUUGUAUCUGAUAUUAAUAUAGAUAAUAAACUUAUUUGUUGGAAUAUCAUUAUUAUUCUUAAUAGAUUGGAAGAAUAGAAUUCUGAUCAUUACAUCAUUAUUCUUUGGAAUAUCAAUUAUAAUGUAAAACUUCAAGUAAAAUAUUUUAAUUAUAUUAGUUAUGUACUACCAAAAACACUAAACUUAAUACAAAUUUAUUUUUUGUUACUUAUUAUCAUAUAUCAUAUUUUCUAUUAAGCAAAAUAACUCUAUUUGAAGAUUAAAUCUCUUGAACCUAAUAUAAACCAAAUUAAUUCUCUAACAAUCAAUUAUUCUAAUACAAGAAAAUUUCGAAAAAUUUCGAAAUAAGUCGAAAAAUUAUAAUUAAAACUAGUAAAUAAUAGUAUGAAUGAAAAUGAAAUAAAAGUUACUUAGAACUAAAUGAAUAUAGAACUUAAUCUAAUAAAAAAUGAAUAAAAAGAAGAAUAAUCAAUUCUGGAAUAACAUACUAGUGAAGCAGAUUUAGAAACUGAGAAUUAAUGUGAAAUUAACCAUUAAGAUCUUUCAUAAAUAUCUUCUAUAAAAGAAGAUCAAAGUAUAAUAUUAUAAUAAAUAGAAUUAUAAAUCUAAUUGAAAUUUAAUGGAAUAAUUCAACUUUUUUGUUGCACUUUUGAAACUUUUGAUACUAUAUCUUCAAUUCUUUCAUGUACAUUUACAGAAAAGCAGAUUAUUUAAAUAAAAAUUCACAUACUCCUCAAUAUCUAUGAUGAAAGUUAAGAUUGCAAUAAUAGGUUAUGGUGCCUCAAAAAAUUAUUAGCUUUUUAAUUUUGA